AUGAAUGAGAAACACUCUAGAUUCACUGUGUCAUGGAUUCGGCACCGCGAUCUACACAUCUUGACGGUGGGCGGUUAUACGUACACAUCCGACCAGCGAUUCCAGGCCUCGCACUCGCCGCACACCGACGACUGGACGCUGCAGAUCAAGUGGGCCCAGCAACGCGAUGCCGGCGUCUACGAGUGCCAGGUCUCCACGCAGCCCGUACGCUCAUUCUUCGUCACAUUACAUGUCGUUGAUUGUGACGAGAUCUACCAACGGAUGUUCUCAGACGCAGGUGUGUGUGUGUUUGUGUGUUAUUGUGCUACUAUCGUGUGCGCAAUCAGUUACUAA